AAAAACUAUUUUCCCGGGAGAACAGUUCAACACUCCUUUGCGGUUAUGAAAAACUCUCUAUUGCAAACGUAAAUUUCCCUCAGUGUAACGGCAAAGAGCAAACAGAAGAGAAGCCAUGGGAGUGCAGGGUUUAUGGGAAUUAUUAUCUCCCGUUGGCAGGCGCGUAUCCGUCGAAACCCUAGCCGGAAGAAAACUGGCAGUAGAUGCGAGCAUUUGGAUGGUGCAAUUUAUGAAGGCAAUGCGAGACGACAAGGGAGAAAUGAUAAGAAAUGCUCAUCUUAUCGGAUUCUUUAGACGAAUUUGCAAGCUUUUGUUUUUGCGCGUUAAGCCCGUGUUUGUGUUUGAUGGCGGAACGCCCGCUUUGAAGCGGAGAACUGUCAUUGCGCGCCGCCGGCAGCGCGAGAGAGCACAGGCGAAAAUUCGAAAGACUGCCGAAAAAUUGCUCUUAAAUCACUUGAGGACUCGCAAACUGGAAGAACUUGCACAGGAAAUUCAGAAUGCUAAGGAGGUUAGAAAACCAUCAACUAAUAAAAAUGAAGUCCAUGGUGAUAUUGACCUGAAACUGGAGGCAGCUUGCAGUUCACAGACUCUGAAUGACAGUGGCAGUUAUGAAGCUACAGAUGCUUUGCUAGCAGCAUCGCUUGCAGCAGAAGAUGAUGGACAACUAGAGACGCUUGUAUCUGAAUCACAUGAAGCGAUUCACAAUGAUGAAAGCGAAGAUACAGAUGGCAACGAAGAGAUGAUUCUUCCAGUAAAUCAAGGGAAAAUAGACCCAGCUGUGUUGGCAGUACUGCCUCCAUCCAUGCAGCUUGAUCUUCUUGUUCAGAUGAGAGAACAGAUAAUGGCAGAUAACAGGAAGAAGUUUCAGAAAGUUAAGAAGGUUCCAGCUUCAUUUUCUGAGAUGCAGAUACAAGCUUAUCUCAAGACUGUUGCUUUUCGUCGCGAAAUUGAAGAAGUUCAGAAAUCUGCUUCUGGAAGGGGUAUCGGUGGCAUGCCAACUUCACGGAUAGCCUCUGAAUCUGGCAGGGAAUUCAUCUUUUCGUCAUCAUUCACUGGUGAUAAACAGGCAUUGCACUUUCCUGGAAGUAAUACGAAUGAAAUGGAAGAAAGGCCUACUGAACAAGAGAAACCUUCGGAUGUUUCUAGAGUUUCAUCAUCUAAUCUGACUUCAUCAAUGCUUUCAUGUAAAUCUGUUUUGCAAGAUGAGGUUUCUAAUGAAGACUCAGAUGCGCCUGUUCAAACAUAUGUUGACGAGAAGGGUAACAUCCGUGUCAGCAGACUAAGGGCUAUGGGAGUUCGUAUGACACGUGAUUUACAAUGGAACCUGUAUCUUAUGAAAGAAUCUGAGGAACAGGCCUUGAAAAACGCAGCAAAUAGUGAUAAGAAUAUGGAUGGCAACAGAACAUUACAGGAACAAGAAACUUUUUUUGUGGAUGAUUGUAAAAAAAAUGAUAAGGUUGAGAAUGUGGAUAUUGUACAUGCCAGGUCUGGAAAUGAUAGCUUUUCUAGUGCAUGCACAAGUGGAAAGACAUCUGAUGGUUUGCAUCAGUGUUCAGAAGUUGGGAGUCCAAAGGCCUUGCAGAUAUCUUUUACAGAGGAUGAUAUUAGUGAACUAGGAAAUGAAGAUGAUAUUUUUGCAGCUUUAGUAGCUGGGGAAUCUGUGCAUGAUAUACAUGGACAGAAUGAUGCAUGUAAACAUUCAGAAGAUGAUACAUCAGAAUGUGAAUGGGAGGAAGGAGAAAUACGAGCAAAUACGGAUGGGAAAGUUCAGUUCCAGGCUGCUGAUUCUAAUAUUAACCAGGUUUUGGAAUCUGUUCCAGUUGACUACCCUGUUAUAGAUGGCAACAAUGAGGUAGAAUGGGACAUUGGAAAUAAUAGCGUUGGACUCGAAACCAAUUCACCUGGUAAUAGAACCAAAUCAAGAAAAUUUCUAAGUGAGGAGGAAGAGGUCCAAGAGGCAAUAAGAAGAAGUUUGGCAGACUUUGGUGCUCAAAAAAGUAAACCAACAUGUUCUCAGCUGGUAAUUAGAGACAUUUCUCAAGAGAGCUGUGACAAAGCAGCACAAGCUAAAGAUUAUCUGCUUGGUGCGAUUACCUACAAAGAGGAAGUUAAAGAUUACUCUGAAGUUGAGAGAGAAAGAAAGGGUAAAACAUUGUUUACUACAGAAGUGGACCAAUAUUUUGAGAAUUGCAACUCAAAAUUAAAAGGAUAUAUUGAAAAAAAUUCCCAAAUACCAACUGAAAAAUAUGAAACAGACACAAAUCUUAUAAUGAAAGGGAAAAUUUCAAGUGAAAUUUGUAGCAGGGUUAACAGUGUCUCAACCCCGGCACAUGAAUUUUUAUCCAAGGAUCCACAUGUUUUUACUCUUAAUAAUUGUCAACCAUCAGAUAGGGUUGAGAAAAGUUCAAGUCCAUCUGAGCUAAAUGUAUUGAAUGAAAUACAUGAAAAUGAACAACUAUGUCAGACUGGUAAUAGAGAAAUGAAAAAUGACAAUAGAAUGAAUGAACUGGAGAGUUCUGAACCUGUGCAAAAUGGAGAAACAAAAGCUGCUCAGAACAUGACCUCUAUGCCAGAACCUUUAAAUGAUUUUAGUGAUAAGAUAAUUUCAGUUAAUGAUGCCCAUGAUUUAUAUCAGGACAAGGUACCAAGUGAACCUCCUGGAGCUUUUUCAGUUGAUGACUUGAUAAGAGAAGCAGAAGAAACUAACAGUUCAAGAGACAGGGAAGCAGCCUUAAAGAAAGAAGCUCAGUUGCAUGAAAUGAAAGAAGAAAAUUUAAGAAGAAAGAAAGAAAUUGAAGCUGAAUUGGAGGUUGAGAAGGAAGCUCUCCAGGCCAGUGUAGAUGAAGAAAUGGUGUUUCUGAGGCAAGAGGAACUAGAUCUACAGUCUGCACAGAAGAAACAUGAGCGCAAUGCUGAGUCUGUGACUGGUGAAAUGUUUGCAGAGUGCCAGGAACUACUUCAAAUGUUUGGUAUACCAUACAUCAUUGCACCAAUGGAAGCAGAAGCCCAAUGUGCAUAUCUUGAAUGCACACACUUAGUUGAUGGUGUUGUAACUGAUGAUUGUGAUGUAUUCCUAUUUGGUGCUGGUAGUGUAUACAAGAAUAUUUUUGAUGAGCGGAAGUAUGUUGAAACUUACUUUAUGAAGGACAUUGAGGAGGAGCUUGGUUUGAAUAGGGAAAAGCUAAUCUGCAUGGCUUUGCUUCUUGGAAGUGAUUAUACAGAGGGAAUCAGUGGUAUUGGAAUUGUUAAUGCUAUUGAAGUUGUCAGAACGUUUCAUGAGGAAGAUGGUCUGAAGAAGUUCAAAGAGUGGGUUGAUUCACCGGAUCCAUCUCUUCUAGAUAAGGUUCAUGCUCACUCAGGAAAAGGCUCCAGAAAGAAAGCAUCAAAAACUAAUAAGAAAAAUGAGAAUGAAGUUGAAGAAAAAGAGGAAAGUUAUAAACAAGAUGAUGGUGCUCAAUCUGUGAAAGAAGAUGAGCUCUCCGAAGAAAAAGACCUUGCUCUUAAGAAGAUCUUCAUGGCAAAACAUCAAGCAGUGAGUAAAAAUUGGCAAAUCCCAGAUUCUUUCCCAAACGAUUCUGUCAUUUCUGCUUACAGAGUUCCACAGGUUGACAAAUCAACCGAACCCUUUUCAUGGGGGAGACCAGAUUUGAUGUCACUCCGCAAGUUAUGCUGGGAACGAUUUGGAUGGAAUAAAGAAAAAGCAGAUGAGUUGCUUCUACCUGUUCUAAAGGAGUAUGAUCGACGUGAGACUCAACUUCGUUUGGAGGCAUUCUACAGCUUCAAUGAAAGGUUUGCCAAAAUUCGCAGUCGAAGAAUUCAGAAGGCUGUUACUGGAAUCACAGGGCGUCGCUCAGCAGAUUUGAUGGAUCUUCCUCCACAUCUGGAGAGUACUCCACAGAAAAGGCCUAGAAAAAAGAAGGUAAAUGAUAUAAGAACUGAUCACAAUAUAGCUGAAGAAAAUAUGGUUGAUGUCACAAACAACACAAUAAGAAGUGAUGUACAAAAUUCUGGAAGUGCUGGAAAUGGUAAUGAAGUGAGCAAAAAGGCAGCAGAUAGCACUGUGAAACUCUCAACUCCUGGGAGAGGAAGAGGUAAAGGCAAGGGAAGGGGAGGAAAAAGAGGUGCAGGCAAAGGACAUGGUAGGGGAAGGAAGGUGAGAAAUUCAACAGAUGAUAGUGAUAAUGAAAAUGAAAAAGAGAUUUCUGAAAAUGGACAAUUAAAACGGAAGUUUUGUGCUGAUAAAGUUGGACUUCGUAAGUCCACAAGGCCUCGCAAAGCUGUCAAAUAUGCAUUGGAUGAGCAAGAGAGCAAUUGUACAGGUCAUAGCAACAAUGAUAGUGACAGUGAUUGUGAGAUUUCAUGUGAAGCAUCCGAACCAAAAGUAUUGCAAAAGCCAUCUCAGGAUUCACCAUCUUCAUUUAUGAGGAAGGGUGAACAGACUAGUCUUGAAAAUAAUUUGAAGCAAACAGGAUUUGAAAUUCCAGAUGUUGGUUCUAGAAAUGAAAAGCAAUACUCAGAUCAUCCUGCCAGUGGAGGUGUCUUUUGUGUUGAAGAUUUAGAUACCAACAAUGACAAGGCUGAUGAUAAUGCCAAUUGCACUGAAGAUUAUAUUGCCGUUGGUGGUGGAUUUUGUGUUGAAAAGGAUAAUCAGGAGGAUGAUUUGCAUACCAAUAAUGAUAGCGUAGGUGACAAUGCGAAUUCUGCUGGAGAUUGUCUCGCCACAGGUGGUGGAUUUUGUGUUGAAGAGGAUAAUUUGGAAGAUGAUAUAUAUACCAUUAAUGAUGAUGCAAAUGGCAAUGUUAAUCUGACCCGAGUUGGUACUCAAUUCAAUACUCCUGAUUGUCCUCUGAUAGGUUUGAGAAAUGAUUUGCCAAGUAAGCAUGCAAUUCUUGAUUGUCAGACUUCUGAAGCUAGAAAUCAUUCAAUAACUCAUACCACAACAUCCGACUUCAACAAGGGUAUAAAUGUUAACAGUCACACAGAAGCAAGCCCAAAUGAAACAGAUGGAGUUACUGAAAAGAAACAGGAAACUCACAGCUCUGCAGCUGUUACAGGGCUUCGGGCAAUGCCCUUCUUGAGGAGGAGAAAACGAACUUGAACUUGACUAGAGUUUUUAUGUAAACAUAUUUAUGUAAUUUUAUCAAAUCAUCCUUGGUUAUCAUUUUUGUGAUAUUAAGAUACAUAAAAUGGAACACAGAUAUUGUUCAGGGCACAACAUAAAAUGAUUGUAAAUAUCAGAAUUAUUUAUGCAUUGUAGUUUGUAAGUUAUUUUAGAGGAAAUUAGAAUUACCUUACAUUUUAAUACAGUUAAAA